CGUCUGGGCCGCGGCGAAGAGUCUGUCACCCUGGAGCAGUUUCUGGAGCUGCUGGAGGCUCGCGGUGCCGGCUGCUCUGGCGAGCAGUUUGAGGAGGCCUUUGCCCAGUUUGAUGCUGAGGGUGAUGGUACAGUCGAUGCUGAGAAUAUGUUAGAGGCCCUCAAGAAUUCCAGUGGAGCUAAUCUCCAGGGCGAACUGAGCCAUAUCAUCAGACAACUACAAGCCUGCUCUCUUGUUCCAGGCUUCAUAGACAUAUUUUCAGAGUCCAAGGAGGGCCUCGGUGUUCACUCAUCAAUGAUACUGCGCUUCCUACAUCGCAAUCGGAUCUCUAGCCUGGUGAUCCCCUACCCCAUGUUGGACCACUGCAAUAAUAUGUCCACCAUGAGGUCUUCUGUUCUCAAAGAGUCUCUGGAUCAGCUGGUACAGAAAGAAAAGGAAAAUCCUGGAGAUCUAACUAGAAGCCCAGAAAUGGAUAAACUCAAGUCAGUGGCGAAGUGCUAUGCUUAUAUAGAAACAUCCUCCAACCCUGCAGACAUUGACAAGAUGACAAAUGGAGAAACUUCAUCUUACUGGCAGUCAGAUGGCAGUGCCCGCUCACACUGGAUUCGUUUAAAAAUGAAGCCGGAUGUUGUGCUUAGGCACUUGUCCAUUGCAGUGGCUGCCACUGACCAGAGUUACAUGCCACAACAGGUGACAGUAGCUGUGGGGAGGAGUGCCAGCGAUCUUCAGGAGGUCCGAGAUGUGCACAUCCCCAGCAAUGUCACUGGCUAUGUGACACUGCUAGAAAAUGCUAAUAUCAGUCAGCUCUAUGUCCAGAUUAACAUAAAGCGUUGUCUUAGUGAUGGAUGUGACACUCGAAUCCAUGGUCUCAGGGCUGUUGGCUUUCAGAGAGUUAAGAAGUCUGGGGUCUCGGUCUCAGAUGCCUCUGCAAUAUGGUAUUGGUCUCUGCUGACGUCUCUGGUGACAGCUUCUAUGGAGACGAAUCCUGCCUUUGUCCAGACGGUGCUGCACAAUACUCAGAAGGCACUGCAGCACAUGCCUCCACUUUCCCUCUCACCAGGAUCUACUGACUUCUCCACGUUCCUGUCUCCCAAUGUUCUGGAAGAAGUGGAUAGUUUCCUCAUAAGGAUAACUAGCUGCUGUUCUACCCCAGAGGUUGAACUGACUCUUCUGGCAUUUGCACUUGCAAGAGGAAGUGUUGCCAAAGUUAUGAGCUCUCUGUGUACCAUCACUGACCACCUGGACACCCCAUAUGAUGCCUCGUCCCUCAUCUCAUCGAUGGCGUCAGUCAGGCAGAACCUGCUCCUUAAAUAUGGUAAACCUCUUCAGUUGACUCUUCAAGCAUGUGAUGUCAAAGGAAAAGAAGAUAAAUCAGGACCAGAAAACCUUCUUGUUGAGCCAUGGACCAGGGAUGGUUUUCUUACAGAGACUGGAAAAACCAGAGCAAGUACUAUUUUUUCUACAGGAACUGAAUCUGCCUUCCAAGUUACACAGAUCAGAAUUAUGGUUCGACGUGGUGGCAUUGGUGCCCAGUGUGGAUUGGUAUUUGCUUAUAAUUCAUCUUCUGAUAAAUUUCACGCAGAAGAACACUUCAAAAGGUUUGAAAAGUAUGACAAGUGGAAACUUCAGGAGUUCAGACAAUUUGUGAAAAGCAGGAUUGGUUGCUCAUCUGAUGACCUUGGAGAGGAUGAUCCUAUUGUCUGGUUUGAACUGGAAGAAGAGUGGGAUGAAGCCGAUGUCAAGCUGCAGCAGUGCAGAGUUGCCAAAUACUUGAUGGUGAAGUUUCUCUGCACCCGUCAGGAGUCAGCAGAGCGCCUGGGAGUGCAAGGCUUGAGCAUCAGUGGGUACCUCCGGCCUGCACGAGCAGAAGCAGAACAGAGCAUCAUCUGCGCCCACUGCAGAAAGGACGCAGAGGAGAGUGUCUGUGGAGCCACGCUGCUCCUCAGGACCCUUCAGUUCAUCCAGCAGCUCACCCAUGACCUGGUGCAGCAGAAGGAAAGUGGCUUAAAAUAUAAAUCUUUUCUGGACUUCACGGGUCUUGACUUGAAGAUCUUCUGGAAUUUUUACAGUAAAUUAAAGCAAAACCCUAGAGGGGAAUGUAUCUGUGCCCAAACCCUGCUUCUACAGCUCCUCCAGAGCUGCUUCUCGGUGCUGCAGGGAGACGCCCUGGCUGCCUCUGAGCAGGAAAAGGCCCCUGCCCCGAACCCCGAAGGAGUAAAGGCUGCCAAGGAGCUCUACACACACUUAUGCGAUGUGGUAGACAGGGUGAACGGAGACUCUGUGCCCAUGGAAAUACUAAAACAAGAAGUCAGGAAUACCCUUCUCAAUGGGGCUGCCAUCUUCUUUCCUGAUCGGCAGACUCGGCGGAACCAUCUCUUCACCAUGAUGAAGAACGUCACUGAGCAGGAACACAAGCAGUCCCUGCAACUCACUUUCCGUUCCCUGUGUACAUAUUUUAGUGAUAAGGAUCCGGGCGGCCUUCUCCUUCUACCUGAGAAAAGCGACCUGGCCAGCAUGAACAUCAGCGAAGUCCUGGCGGUCAUGAACACUCUCCUGUCAGUUGCUGCUCGGGAGUGUGAGCUGUUGAUGCUCAGUGGAGCCCAAGGGGAGGCCAGCUCUGUGCUCCUCUCUCUGUUCUGGGCCGUCCAAGGCAGCCUGCUCUCCUGGUGCUACCUGCAGCUGAAGAGCACGGAUUCUGAAGCCAAAGACCUUGCUGUGGACCUUAUUGAAAAAUAUGUGGGACAGUUUCUGGCAAGCAUGAGAGUGAUUCUGGAAUCCCUUUUGUCACAGUACAGUGGAAAAAUGAUAGUGGAAAAAUUAUGUAAUUCGGUGUUUUCCAUGGCAGCUCGUCAACUGGUCAUCUUCCUGCUGGACUUCUGCACCUUAGAUAUUUCCCACUGCACACUCUUGAGAGAGUUCAGUACCCUGACAGACCUGCUCAAGAAGCUCUGCCGGGACCCUGAAGGAGGGCUGAAUAAGCUGGAUGUGGAGACCUGGCAACAGGAACAGCCUGUGGUGUUACACACGUGGACGAAGGAGUCGGCCCACAACUAUGAGAAUAAUUGCCAUGAGGUGUCUGUCUUUGUUAGCCCAGGGGCAACCUAUUUUGAGGUCGAAUUUGAUGAGAGGUGUGAAACUGAAAAAAGGUAUGAUUAUCUGGAAUUUACCGAUGCCAGAGGUGGCAAAAUACGCUAUGACACAAAAGUUGGAACUGAUAAAUGGCCCAGGAAAGUGACCUUUAAGGCUGGUCCUCGGCUCCAGUUCCUCUUUCACUCUGACAGCAGUAACAACGAGUGGGGCUACAAAUUCACUGUCACUGCCUAUGGCCUUCCUGAUGUUGCCGUGUCUUGGGGAUUGGAUUUACAGCUCCUCGUCUCCCGACUGAUGGGGCGCCUUGCCUCCCAGUGCAUGGCUCUCAAGUCUGCUCACCAGUUAGGAAUUAACAUGGCAGUACCUCAGGCAAAAAUGGCUUUAGUCCUAAGCUCCCCAUUGUGGAAACCUGUCUUCAGGCAUCAAAUUUGUCCAGAGUUGGAAUUAGAAGCAAGCUGGCCCACUCACCCACACCAGGAUAGUAAAGAGGUUAAGAACAUCCCUGACGACCCCUGCCGUCAUUUUCUCCUUGAUUUUGCCCAGUCAGAGCCUGCUCAGAACUUCUGUGGGCCAUAUUCAGAGCUUUUCAAAGGAUUCAUACAGGCAUGUAGAAAACAGGCCCCAAAGACAGAUAUAGUUGCUGGUUCUGCUAUUGAUCAAGCUGUGAACGCCACCUUUGCUGCUCUGGUGUAUCGCACUCCAGAUUUAUAUGAGAAGCUGCAAAAAUAUGUACACAGUGGGGGCAAGGUCGCCCUGAGUGAGGAGUUUGCACAGGUGUAUUCCUUGGCAGAUGGGAUCAGAAUAUGGAUGUUAGAGAUGAAGCAGAAGUCCCUGAUGAGCCUGGGGAAUGAGGCAGAAGACAAACGCAGUUCAGAAGCUGCUGAGACCAACCCCGAGAGCCUGGCAAAAGAGUGUAUUCAGAAGAGUCUUCUAUUACUAAAAUUUUUGCCCACGGGCAUGAGUUCAAAAGAAAGCUGUGACGGAUUGGUGCCUGCCGAGGAAACUGAUCAUCUCCAGCCACUUGACAGGCGCCCGAGGACCAGCUCUGUGGUAGAAGAGCAUUUCCAAGCCUCAGCAUCUCCCACGGAAGCAGCGCCCGCUACCGCAGGAGACAAGAGUCCUGGCUCAGGUGUGCAGCCAAAGCCGCUGCCCAGGAGUAGCCCUCCCGUUGCAGAAGUGUCCUCUGCCACAGCUGACGAGCCCUCGUCACCCUCCACUCCCACCCGGCGGCCUCCCUUCACCCGAGGACGGCUCCGGCUGCUCUCCUUCCGAUCUGUGGAGGAAGCCAGACCGGUGCCCACUGUAAAAGAGAAGUACCCUGUACUGAAGGAUGUCAUGGACUUCAUCAAGGAUCAGUCAGUCUCACACGAGAGUGUCGUAAAGGUUCUCUCCCUGAGGAAAGCCCAAGCCCAGAGCAUCCUUGAGGUCCUGAGGAUAAUCCAGUAUUGUGCAGAAUCCCUCGGACAGCCCCAUUGCUUCCAUCCACCUUUUAUACUUUUCCUGUUGGAACUUCUGACCUGCCAGAAAGAUUUCACCAACUAUUUCGGACACUUGGAAGGGUGUGGUGCUGAUCUACACAGAGAGAUCCGAAACACAUACUAUCAACUUGUUCUGUUUUUGGUUAAAGCAAUGAAAGGAUUUAGUAACAUAAAUGACAGGUCCUUGCUGCCUGCCUUAUCCUGUGUUCAGACAGCCCUGCUUCAUCUCUUGGACAUGGGCUGGGAACCCAGUGAUCUCGCCUUUUUUGUUGACAUUCAGUUACCAGAUCUCCUCAUGAAAAUGUCUCAAGAAAAUAUAAGUGUCCAUGACAGUGUGAUCAGCCAAUGGAGUGAAGAAGAUGAACUCGCUGAUGCCAAGCAGAAUUCAGAAUGGAUGGAUGAGUGUCAGGAUGGCAUGUUUGAGGCCUGGUAUGAAAAGAUAGCCCAGGAAGAUCCAGAGAAGCAGAGGAAAAUGCACAUGUUCAUUGCUCGCUACUGUGAUCUGUUAAAUGUGGACAUCUCUUGUGAUGGGUGUGAUGAGAUUGCCCCCUGGCAUCGCUACCGGUGUCUGCAGUGCAGCGAUAUGGAUCUCUGCAAAACUUGCUUCCUAGGCGGGGUGAAGCCUGAGGGCCACGGGGAUGACCAUGAGAUGGUCAACAUGGAGUUUACCUGCGACCACUGCCAGGGCUUGAUCAUUGGCCGGAGGAUGAAUUGCAAUGUAUGCGAUGACUUUGAUCUUUGCUAUGGAUGCUAUGCAGCAAAGAAGUAUUCCUAUGGGCAUUUGCCAACCCACAGCAUCACGGCCCACCCAAUGGUGACCAUUCGGAUCAGCGACCGGCAGAGGCUCAUCCAGCCCUACAUCCACAACUACUCCUGGCUGCUCUUUGCUGCCCUGGCUCUCUAUAGUGCCCACCUGGCCAGUGUAGACGACGUGGACGGGGAGAAGCUGGACCCCCAAGCCCGCAGCAGUGCCACCACCCUGCGGAGUCAGUGCAUGCAGCUCGUUGGGGACUGUCUGAUGAAGGCCCACCAGGGAAAAGGUCUUAAGGCUCUAGCUCUUCUUGGUGUGUUGCCAGAUGGUAACUCUACCCCAGAAAAUCAGGCCCUACCAGACAUCGCACCCACCCGGACAUCAGAGGAACAGCUAGAGAAGAGAGCUGUCCAGGCUGCCAAGGAGCCAUCAGGGGCAGUCCCUUCUGUGCAUGGCAAUAGUAAGAGAGCUGUUCAUAAGGAAGUCAGACUUGUGGACUACAAGAAGAGAAACAAGGCAGAUGAAGGUGGACCAUUAAAGAAGGAUACUGUGUGCCAGACCCAGAUUUCAGAUUCCCCUGCAGAUGCCAGGACACCUACAGGACUUCCAGAUGCUGAAAAUUCAGAUGUGUCAUCUCAGAAACCAGUAGAAGAAAAGGCGGUCACUCCAAACCCUGAGCAAGUGUUUGCUGAGUGUUCCCAGAAGAGGAUUUUGGGAUUACUAGCAGCCAUGUUACCUCCCUUAAAGUCGGGUCCUUCUGUCCCACUGAUAGACCUGGAGCACGUCCUCCCACUUAUGUUUCAGGUUGUCAUCUCAAACGCAGGUCACCUGAAUGAAACCUACCACCUCACUCUGGGUCUCCUUGGCCAGUUAAUCACCCGACUUUUACCAGCAGAGGUAGAUGCUGCAGUGACCAAGGUCCUCUCAGCCAAACACAGCCUGUUUGCGGCAGGCGACAGUGCCGUCGUGCCAGAUGGCUGGAAAACCACUCACCUGCUCUUUAGCCUGGGAGCUGUGUGCCUGGACAGCCGGGUGGGCUUGGACUGGGCGUGCUCCAUGGCCGAGAUCCUGCGGUCACUCAACAGCGCCCCACUGUGGCGUGAUGUCAUUGCCACCUUCACAGACCACUGCAUCAAGCAGCUGCCUUUCCAGCUGAAGCACACCAACAUCUUCACCCUGCUCGUGCUGGUCGGCUUCCCCCAGGUCCUCUGUGUGGGAACCCGCUGUGUCUAUAUGGAUAAUGCCAAUGAACCCCAUAAUGUGAUCAUCUUGAAACACUUCACUGAGAAGAACAGAGCUGUGAUUGUUGAUGUCAAAACUCGGAAGAGGAAAACAGUGAAGGACUACCAGCUGGUCCAGAAGGGGGGAGGACAAGAAUGCGGUGACUCUCAGGCCCAGCUGAGCCAAUACUCCCAGCACUUUGCCUUUAUCGCCAGUCACCUUCUGCAAACCAGCAUGGACAGCCAUUGUCCCGAGGCAGUGGAAGCGACUUGGGUCCUGUCCCUGGCCCUCAAAGGACUGUAUAAAACAUUGAAGGCUCACGGUUUUGAAGAGACCCAUUCUACGUUCCUUCAGACUGAUUUGCUGAAGCUGCUGGUGAAGAAGUGCAGCAAAGGGACCGGCUUCAGUAAAACAUGGCUCCUCCGGGACCUAGAAAUUUUGUCCAUCAUGCUGUACUCCUCCAAAAAGGAGAUCAGCAUUUUGGCGGAGCAUGGAGACCUCGAGCUGGAUGAGCGAGGCGAGCAAGAUGAGGAGAUGGAGCGGCCGGUCAGCAGCCCUGGUGAACCGGAGCAGAAAAAGCUAGACCCUCUCGAAGGCCUGGACGAGCCCACCAGGAUAUGUUUCUUGAUGGCUCACGAUGCCCUCAAUGCCCCUCUGCACAUUCUCCGGGCCAUAUAUGAGCUGCAGAUGAAAAGGACCGAUUCUUUCUUCCUGGAGGUUCAGAAGAGGUUUGAUGGAGAUGAGCUGACCACAGAUGAAAGGAUCCGGUCUCUGGCUCAGAGGUGGCAGCCCAGAAAGAGCCUGAGGCUGGAAGAGCAGAGCGCCAAAGCUGUGGAUACAGACAUGAUUAUCUUGCCGUGCUUGUCCCGGCCCUCCCGCUGUGACCAAGCCACUGCUGAAUCCAACCCAGUGACCCAGAAGCUCAUCUCCAGCACCGAGAGCGAACUGCAGCAAAGCUACGCCAAGCAGCGCCGCAGCAAGAGCGCCGCCCUCCUGCACAAGGAGCUGAACUGCAAGAGUAAGAGGGCCAUCCGGGACUACCUCUUCCGUGUGAAUGAGGCCACAGCCGUCCUAUAUGCCCGCCAUGUGCUUGCGUCCCUGCUUGCCGAGUGGCCUGGGCACGUGCCAAUGAGCGAAGACAUCCUGGAGCUAAGUGGCCCUGCCCAUAUGACCUACAUCUUGGAUAUGUUCAUGCAGCUGGAAGAAAAGCACCAAUGGGAGAAGAUCCUGCAGAAGGUACUCCAGGGCUGCCGAGAGGACAUGCUGGGGACCAUGGCUUUGGCUGCCUGCCAGUUCAUGGAGGAGCCGGGAAUGGAGGUGCAAGUGAGGGAGUCCAAACACCCAUAUAACAACAACACCAACUUCGAGGACAAAGUUCACAUCCCCGGUGCAAUCUACCUCUCCAUCAAGUUCGACUCCCAGUGUAACACCGAGGAAGGCUGUGACGAGCUGGCCAUGUCCAGCAGCAGCGACUUCCAGCAGGAUCGACACAACUUCAGUGGGUCUCAGCAGAAAUGGAAGGACUUUGAGCUCCCAGGAGAUACUCUGUAUUACCGCUUUACCUCGGACAUGAGCAACACCGAGUGGGGCUACAGAUUCACUGUGACGGCUGGACACCUGGGGCGCUUCCAGACAGGAUUUGAGAUUUUGAAGCAGAUGUUAUCAGAAGAGCGAGUUGUGCCUCAUCUCCCCUUGGCCAAAAUUUGGGAAUGGCUGGUGGGCGUGGCCUGCCGCCAGUCGGGGCAUCAGCGAUUAAAAGCCAUCCACCUACUUCUGAGGAUUGUGCGAUGCUGUUCUCUCAGUGACCUCUGUGACCUCGCGCUGUUGAAGCCCCUGUGGCAGCUCUUUACCCACAUGGAGUACGGCCUGUUUGAGGAUGUGACACAGCCUGGCAUCCUCCUCCCCCUGCACCGCGCCCUCACGGAGCUCUUCUUCGUCACCGAGAACCGUGCCCAGGAGCUGGGCCUGCUGCAGGAUUACCUGCUGGCCUUAACCACCGACGACCACCUCCUCCGCUGCGCAGCACAGGCUCUGCAGAACAUUGCCGCCAUCAGCCUGGCCAUCAACUACCCGAACAAGGCCACUCGCCUCUGGAACGUCGAGUGUUAGCCCUUGGUGUGGGGUGCAUGGACUAGCUUAACUGUCCACAGGAUUUUAGAGCAGACAUCGACACUCAUUCAGGAAAAUCCCUGUGGCGUCAGUGCCAGCUCCGCUUGGGCUCACUUCACCCCCAUUAGGACGCCACGCAGCCGCAUCUCCAAGGACUCCCCGGACAGGGGCUCGAUAGGUGCACGCUCUGUAGCAUGUGAGAUUACAAGAAUGCGGAGUCAGCAGGACGAGUGGGCAGGUCAGAGACCGCUAUCUCUGGGGUCUGUCCCUGCAGAGGCCACAGGCCCAGGAAGACAUGGCUGCAGCCUGUCUGGAAAGGUUGCUGUCUUGGUUGAGCUGAACUGCCUGCUCUGGCCUUCAGGUGCAGGCACCAGCCAGAGAGAGCUGCCCCUCAGCACACCCUCCCGCCUCAGUAGCAUAGUCUGGAAGCCCCUCUUUUAUUUUGCUUCUUGAGACAGAGGAAUCCAACCCCAACCAAAACUGAUGAGGGCCCCCUUGGCCACUGCUGAGCCCCAAGCGCUCAGUGUGGGGCCUGGUGUCAGUCUCACUACACAGCCACAGUUGUCCCUGUGAGCUCUGCGGGGAGAACAAGUGUCCUUGGGAACAGCUGACAGGCCGCCUGUGAGGGUCCACUCACGCCCUGGCUCCCAGCACAUCACGGUUUUUUUUAGUUGUUUUAACAUAUUUUAGUUUCCACCUCAUGUUUUUAGAACACAGUCACACCAACUCCCCUGGGAGGGCCUCAAGGGAACGACCAGUGGAGCGGUCACUUGGAGACCGGCUGGUUUGUGUUAAAGAAGCAGAACUUUGGGAAUUCUCUUUAGCUUCUAUUCCUAAAGACUUGAAGUGUUGUCAGAAGAGAUCUUAUUUUAGGGAUGUUAUGAAAAAGAAAAAAAAGCCCGCAUGAUUUUAUUUCUGCUCAGUGGUCACAGCCAUCCAUGGUCUCUGCCUCUGGGACUCAUGUGGUCAUUGGGUGUCUCUCGUCUAGCAAUAACUACAUUAGUUCUAUGAAUGCUGUUUUACACUCUUCUUUCUGUGAUUUUAGACUAGCCCUAAAGUGCUGAUCGUUGCUCUCCUUCCAGAGCCAGGUGUUGGCACGUGAGGCCGUGCUGGCAUGUGGGUGUUCCCAGCCCGAGUGGGACUUGUGCACAUAAAGCAUGCAUGAGGCGGCUGCUAUGUAAGGGUGGGUGUCUGGGCUGGAAACGUGCCACCACACAGGGCCAACCCCAAGGGAGAGCCUUCGUAGCCACAGCCAAGCGUGACCAGGCUGGCAUUGCCAUGGCCCGGAAUGUCCUUUUGGCUUCCGAAGACCCCUCUGCAUGAGUCUGGAUUGGAAGGGCCCAUGUCUGCAGAUCUGGGAGCAACGUCCUGGGAGAGCUCUUUUGCCUUCUGUGCCAGGAGGCCCAGGUGUAGCGACCUUUGCGGCCUCAGAAUUAGGCUCUCAGCCCAGCUCCGAGGUGCAGGCAGGACCAUCACAGGUGGGGAAGUGGGAGUCAAGGAAGAUAGGAACAAGCAGGGUUGGUCCUGAGAUUGGUGACCUACGGCCUCUCGCCUUGCUGUCAGUGAAGGCCUGGCUGGUCCCCACCGUGUUGGGACGUGGGAGCAGGUGCUGCUGGCCUGGUGAGCACCCCUUUCCCAACUUUGCUCCUUUUAAACCAACCUUGCUUUGCGAGCUUCCCACAUCUCUAGAGGAGGCCCCAUGUUCCAUGCCACUCCCAUCCAGUAGGCCUCACAGGGAGUUUUCCAAGUCACAGAGAACAAGCGGUGGUGCUUGGGGAAGGGACCUCACUGCAGCCUCAGACUUGCUGUUGCACUGCUGCAGGAUGGCCCAGUAGAUGGCGCUGCCCCCACUCCUCCACACCUCAGACUGACUGAGUAAGAGGAGUAGAAGGCAGGAUAAGGAGUCAUGCCCUGGUCACAGUGGUCCCCAGCUCUGCCCCCACCAUACCAUCAGGAAGAUCAGCUGUAAAUAAACGCUGGACUCUCAUAGCCUCUCUCCAUACACUGCCCUUGCAGUCCUGGUCUCGGUACUUCAGCUUGCCUAGAGGAUGCCCGAGGCGUCCCUCCACUGCACUGCUGUCAUCAGGCAGGCUCACCUGGCCUGGCCUGGCCUGGCCUGGCCUGCCUGGCCUCCCGGCAGCCAGCUGUCGCAUCUGCCUCUGGCCACUGGGUGGCGCUGCCGGGCCAGGCCAGGUUCCCUCCGGUCCCCAAGCACGAGCAGCAGCCUCCCAAAGGGUUUCUGUCACGACCAACAUCCCUGUGACCUUCUGAGGAGGCAGCACUGCCUGGAGCGAGCUGACACUGGCAGGAAUAAGGCGUCGUGGAAACAUGUGCCUACUCUGGAAAGGAAUUCUGUUCCAAAUCAUAUAUAUUGUACAAACAGACGCUGUUCCUAAUGAGAGGAGUGACGUAUUUUCAUCAUCGUUUUUAAUUUGUUUUCUUACGGGUUUACGAUUUUGAAUUUUUCUUAUUUGGUUGAGAGAAAGAAUUUUGAUUAUAUCAGCUGAGUGAGUUCAGCCUGUAAAAAGGAUGUUUAAGUUGUGGGUAAAAUAUGCAAAUGAAGAGAAAUAUAUUGUACAAAUUCUAUAUAAAAAAGUACAAUCGUA